UUGAGAGUUCCCGGGCCGGCGGUCGGCGAGGCUGCGGGACCUGGGUUUUGAUUGGUUCUUCUGACUUGAAGUCCGGAGAGGUGAGGAAGACCGCUGCCAUCAGGAAAGGAGGAAGUGCGGUGUGUAGGGUGUAAUCUGCCCGUCGUAUUUACAAUUGCCUCGCCCAUUAAGACAUUAGGAUUGAAGGUAUAUCCAGGAACUGAUCGAUUGCUCCGCCUAGAAACCGAGGGUAAAGAGACUCCUGACUUGGUCUCAGCCAACAGCGAAAAUGGCACCACGCGUGAGGGCGGGGCCGGCGGCACACAGAGAGCUACCAUUGGUUGGGAUAGACACUGACCAUCUCCCCAGCGCCUCCAUUGGCCUCCUCCCUAAGGCGUGGGCCCUGUGAGGUGGUGGGUCUGAAAUAGGGAUGUUACAGAGCCUGUGAUCCCGCUUAGAAAGUCCCAGAACCGGGUGAGAGAGCCCGCUGUGACCACGCUGGUGGGUUUUUCUGUUCCUUUUUUCUCUACUACCCCCACACAGCCACAGGUCCACAAAGAGAUGGCCACCAACUCCAGCCCCUUGCACCCAUACUGGCCUCGCCACCUGAAACUGGACAACUUCGUGCCUAAUGACCGCCCCACCUGGCAUAUUCUGGCUGGCCUCUUCUCCACCUCUGGGGUCUUAGUUGUGACCACAUGGCUGUUGUCAGGUCGAGCUGCAGUCGUCCCACUGGGGCCUUGGCGGCGACUGUCUGUGUGCUGGUUUGCAGUUUGUGGGUUCAUCCACAUGGUGAUUGAAGGCUGGUUCGUACUCUACCAUGAGGACCUACUUGGAGACCAAGCCUUCUUGUCCCAACUCUGGAAAGAGUACGCCAAGGGAGAUAGCCGAUACCUCCUGGAUGACAACUUUACGAUAUGCAUGGAGUCCAUCACGGCUUGCCUGUGGGGACCACUGAGUCUGAUGGUGGUGAUCGCCUUUCUCCGACAGAAACCCAUCCGCUUUGUCCUACAGCUCGUGGUCUCUGUGGGUCAGAUCUAUGGGGAUGUGCUCUAUUUCCUGACAGAGCUUCGUGACGAAUUCCAGCAUGGGGAGCUAGGCCAUCCACUCUACUUCUGGUUUUACUUUGUCUUCUUGAACGCCCUGUGGCUGGUGGUGCCCGGAAUCCUUGUGCUUGAUUCAGUAAAGCAGCUCACUCGUGCCCAGAGCAUGCUGGACGCCAAGACCAGAAAAGCCAAGAGCAAGCAGAACUAAUGAGUGAUGGACUGGACUUGCACACUGGCUGAUGAGGGACUUGCAGAAGAGUCCAGUCCUGUUCCCACAGGUUGGAUGGACAGAGCAAAUUGAUCUGCCAAACUCAGGCUGAUGAGUGGGCCAAAGACAGGAGGGAAGAAAGGAGCUCUGUGGAGCUACUGCCAGGGCCAUUGGGACAAAGAUACAAGAGAACCUAGAAGGUCUGUGAUGGUGACAGUUUUUUAAUCAGGAAAUAAAAGACCUUAACUAUAACACUGAGAGA